UGCUGUCAGUCAGACAAAGACGGUCAGUCAGUCAAUCAGGGCGAGUCUUCUUCACAACAUCACAUAAAAUAUCAUCUUCGUCGUCUGACAGAGCGCAUUAAAUGAUCUGCUGCACUGAGAUUUUGUGUAUUUUCCCGAUUCCAGAAUGUCUCACUUCACAGAUGAGCCACGCUUCACCAUCGAACAGAUCGACCUGCUCCAGAGACUGCGGCGUACAGGUAUGACCAAACCUGAGAUCGUGCACGCGCUGGACACCCUGGAGCGACUCGACCGCGAGCACGGGGACAAAUACAGCCGGCGCGGCCCGUCGGACUCCAACGCCACCACCUCAAGCACUACACCCACCUCAAAUAGCACUAGCAACUCCGCUACGUUGACCUCCUCCACCACUUCCACAGCAACGCAAACACAGUUCCACGGUAAUUUAUCGCCGUCGCACAACAACAGCUACGCCACGUCUCCACCCGCAGUCUUACCCUCGCCCGUCUCUCUGGUCGCCACGGCACAGAACGGGCGGGACGCUUUGGCGAUGACACCCAAUGGGAGAUUGUCGCCCAGCCAUUACCCAGUGAACAGUGCGGCAGCGGUGAGGUCGUACGGGCUGGACGGGUCAGAGGAGGACCUGGAUAUAGAUGACAAGGUGGAGGAGCUCAUGAGGAGAGACAGCACCCUGGUGAAGGAGGAAAUCAAAGCCUUUUUGGGCAACAGACGCAUCUCACAGGCCGUGGUGGCUCAGGUCACAGGCAUCAGUCAGAGCAGAAUCUCUCACUGGCUUCUCCAGCAGGGCUCAGAUCUCAGCGAACAGAAGAAACGAGCUUUCUAUCGCUGGUACCAGCUGGAGAAGACAACGCCAGGUGCCACAUUAAAUAUGCGUCCCACCCCUGUAUCUCUGGAUGAGAUGGAGUGGCGUCAGACUCCGCCCCCCAUAAGCUCCGCCCCCGGAAGCUUCCGUUUGCGCAGAGGCAGUCGAUUCACCUGGAGGAAGGAAUGUCUCGCUGUGAUGGAGAGCUAUUUCAGUGAUAAUCAAUAUCCAGAUGAAGCCAGACGAGAGGAGAUCGCAAACGCCUGCAACGCUGUUAUUCAGAAACCAGGAAAGAAGUUGUCUGACUUGGAAAGAGUCACGUCCUUGAAAGUCUACAAUUGGUUUGCCAACCGACGCAAAGAGAUCAAGAGGAGGGCCAAUAUUGGGUCUUUUUUCCAAGAAGCCACAAUCUUGGAGAGUCACGGGAUCGAGGUGCAGAGUCCCGGAGGACACUCCAACAGUGACGACGUCGACACCAACGACUACAACGAGCAGGGUUGUGACGUUUCCUAUUUUGAAAAGAGAGGCAUGAACAGACCUUUCGGUUACUACCGUCUGGAGCCCACCUCACCAACACAGGAUGACACCAGUAAUCACGCAGACCACCAGGACCCCAUCUCUCUCGCUGUGGAGAUGGCAGCUGUCAAUCACAGCAUCCUCGCCCUGUCCCGCCCGGGAGGCGUGGCCAGUGAAAUCAAAACAGAGUCACUGGAUGACGACUGAAGAAGACCACGGGACGAAGAGGAUCAAUGAGUUUGUGUGUGGAUGUCUCCAGACGUAUUCAAUGACCAAAUCAACGCUUUGUCUCAAGCUUUUAGAAUUGAAUAUCACCUGCUAUCAACACUACUAAACAAGCCCAGAGUCAACGACACACUCUCUCGACACAAGCUGACAGGAAGUGUGACUAUGUUCGGCCAACAGAUCUUAUUUAAGCCUCCUGAACCCUGGCUGACCCAAACCUCGUACCUCAUUCCAGUAACUUGUAUAAUGCUUGGUGUGCUUCCUGUCUGUGUGCUCCAGUGACCCUCAGUUUCACAGAUAAGCUAAAGGCGGAGAUUUUAAGAGAGAGGAGAGUCUGAUAGCAAAUUUCUGCUUUGAAUCCAUGAUCUCCUCCAUUCCCACGACAGACGUUCUCAGUUAACAGGCUUAAUGCCUCUACUUUACUUUUUUGUUCCAUAUUUCUUUAAACUGCAAUUGCGUGAAUCUCAUGAAAACUGUCAAAAAUGUGUCUCAACACAAAAUGAAAGAGAGAUAAAUAUAUUUUGCAUAAAUUAAAUAGAAAAACAAUUUUAAAUCGGUAGAGCAUUGCGUUAUGAAGUGCAAGG